UUGGAUGCGAGAGUGGAGAGGAGAUUGUUGUCGGCCUCGAUCCGUCGAGCGCGUCGGAAGCUCGCGAUCGAUCGCGCGAAGGAGGUUCGUGGGUCGAUCCGUCUCCAUCGUCGAGCACGCGGUUUUGCGCUGCGUUGCGUUUGAUCGCUCGGUCGACAUGUCGGCGAUGGGGCUGCUCCAAAUGGGCCCCUGCAGUGUCUGCGCUUUCCCCCAUGCUCCUUGGUCUCACUUACCAUCGCCACCGCCUUCUUCUUCCGCCAAGAUGCUUGCUGGAAUCGGAAUCGGACAGAAGACGAACUUGGCUGGGCGAUUCCAUUUUUCCAGGACAAAUUCGGCAUUCCAAGACAAUUCGGAAGUUGCCGCCAAUCUCAAACCAAACUCGAGUGCUGGAUGGCCAGUGAAGGCAGUCACCAGUGAACCGUCGAAUCCAGGCUCUCCAGCAGAGCUCGAUGACGAAGCCGAGAUGCUAAAGAGACAGGAACUAUUCAACACUAUUGCGCCCAUGUACGACAAUUUGAAUGACUGGCUGAGCUUGGGCCAACAUCGAGUUUGGAAACGCAUGGCUGUGUCCUGGGCCGGGGCGAAAGCAGGAGAGACAGUGCUGGAUAUCUGCUGUGGAAGUGGUGAUUUGGCAUUCUUGUUGGCGCAGAAGGUCGGACCAAGUGGAAAGGUCAUAGGUCUCGACUUUGCGAAAGAACAACUUGUCAUUGCAGCUGAUCGGCAGCAGGACUCUCCGCGAACAUCUGCGGCAGAUAUGGAGUGGAUACAAGGAGACGCUCUAUCUCUACCUUUCGAAGAUUCGUCGUUUGAUGCAAUCACAAUGGGGUACGGGCUUCGAAACGUGACGAACAUUCCGCAGGCACUCGCCGAAAUCUAUCGUGUCCUGAAGCCAGGUAGAAAAGCAUCUGUGCUAGAUUUCAACCGCAGUCCAGAUCUUUUAACUGGUGAAGUACAGGGCUUUGUAUUGGACAACGUAGUGGUUCCGGUCGCUACAUAUUUUGGAGUGCGAGAAGAAUACGCCUACCUUAAAACGUCCAUAGCUCGCUUCCCGCUAGGUGCAGAACAAGAGAGACUUGCAGCCGACGAAGGGUUUUCCAAAGCAGUCCAUUAUGAAUUGGCAGGUGGAUUAAUGGGAGUACUAGUAGCGACUAAGUAGAGAAUAGUGCAAAACUUUCGUCAUGGGUCUUACCUUGUAUUUGACGUAGGAAAUCGGACAAGAUAUUCUCUCAAUGUUGGACUGAGAUCUAGAGUUUCGCUUACACCGUCACGAAUUACGCUUAUGUCCUUGUAGUGAGCACUCACACAUAGAUAGCUUAUAGAAUUGGAAACGUAGGAAAUAUCGGCGAUAAAUUUUGGUGCUCCAUAAUUAAAGAUUCCCAGUGAGAAUUUAUGUGAAAAAAUCAGUGAGUCGAAGGAACAACUUGCGAAGUGUCUACAUUUGAAAAAAAGGGC